GCGGACCAGAUAUUCGCCACCAGAAAGAGACCACUCGCCGACGCCACGCGGAGGAGAGAGUCCCCGGCGUCGUCCUCGCGGUGCCGACCGACCGACACGCGCGGGCGCGACGACGCAAACACCGACUACGACCGCAUACGCCACUGGCUGAGCCAGUCGUCGCACCCGCGCCGCGGCUCGUUUGGUCUUCAAAGCGUCGGGGGAGGUUCGUUUGGCGCGAGUUUCCGGAGAAUGCGGCGCGGGGAGGACGGCGUCGAGCCCCCGGGGAGCGUCGCGCGAACCGCCAGCGAGAACCUCGCGGAGGAGCUGCUGGACCAGGACGCCAGGGACCUCGGCAUCGACACCGGCAACAGGGCGAGGUUACGCGCGGAACGACGCGUCGCGAGGUCCGCCAAACAUCCGCGAGGUUUCGACGACUUGGGUUUCGACGGCGACGACUCCGCCGCCGGGUCCACCGACGACGAAGCCGACGCCGCCGCCUCGUCCAUCACCAUGAACGAGAUCUGGACCGCGCUGAGGCUCGCGCCGUCCAACAGUGUGCGUGUGCGGUUACCCGACGGCUCCGUCCGUCCCACGCUUCGACCGAGGCGGACUCCGUACGACGACGACGACGCCUUCACCCCGGCGGAGAGCGAGGCGAGCUCGGGGACAAAGACUCGGCGCCGCGCCCUGGCGGGGGCGGAGGCUGCCGCCGCCAUCCCGAUACCGAGCGAUUACUACGACAAGCUGGACGUCGCCGCCGUCGCGAAGCGCGCGAUGGCCGCGGACCGAGGCAGGCGGAACCUGAGCCGGUUCAAGGACCGGCUGGAGGGGCGAAGGCGGUCGAGGGGGGGAGGAGUCGGAUCGUUUUUGGCAGAGGACGACGCGGCGGCGGCGGAGGCGGCGGCGGCGGAGCCCCCCGGGUGGCUUCGCGACGGGGGUACCGCGGUCGACGCCCUUAGCCGGCCAAAGGGCGGCGCGCUCAGUCGUGAGGAGGAGUUGAUGAUGUCCGCGAGUAAGAGGGCGAGCAAGCUCUCGAGCAAGGAUCGGACGAGGGAGGGGUCGUCGGCGGCGGCGAAGUGGAAGGACUCGGCCUCGGAGGUGUUCCGGCAGAGGGUUCGGGCUCACGUCGAAGCUAAGCCCGAGGAGGCCGGGCGGCUUGGGCUCAGGGUGAACAGGCCGAAACUGAGGCGAAGGGAUAAGGAAGAUAGCGGGAGGUUCAAGGUAUAGCGUAGUAUGCAUCGAUGACAGCGGAUAGUAGACU